ACAACAGGGAUAAAUACAAGAAUACAACUAAAAAAAUAUGGUCAUUCAUUCAUACAUUUAUUUAUAACCUCAAAUCGCAUCUGAUCGGGAAAAAAAUCAUUGAUUAACAACUAAGAAUUAUUAAUUAAUAUAAUUUGUGUUUAAAGUGUCUGAGUUUCCCUUAGAAUAAUCACGAUUGAUAGAAAAUUUGGACGCUAGUAUUAUAAGUAGAAAGCACAAUGGCAAAAUCAGCACCAAAAGGUGGGAAAAAGAAGUCGAGUGAAGAGAUAUUUGCUGGAUUCCAAACACUCAGGAGUGAACAGAGACAGCUAGCAAAUAAGAUUUCAGAAUUAGAAAUGGAUCUCAAUGAACACAAAAUAGUCAUCGAUACACUAAAAGGCGUUGAUGGAUCUCGAAAAUGCUUCCGUAUGGUCGGAGGAGUGCUAGUGGAGCGGACAGUAGCAGACGUGCUUCCAGAGCUAGAAAUGAAUAGAGAACGAUUGCCCAAAGCAAUACAAGCUCUUCAUGAGCAGCUGACACGUAAAGGAAAGGAAAUAAACGAGUAUAUUGAGUGCCACGAUAUUAGAGUGCAGCGAGCAGACCGUCCACCAGCAGAUGAUACUCCAGACCAGCCAACAAAAUCCAAUGUACUUGUGGCCAGUGGAUGAUUCUCCUAUAAUCCGAACAGAAGUAUAAGCUUGCUUUUUAUAUUACUGACUGUUUUUGAUACCAAUAUCACAAAAUGUCCUAUACCAAAAUGCUUGCUUUUUAGGUUUAUAAAUACGCAUUAUUUUUUAUUAAUAUGUUCU